GCAUGCCAGUUUUAAAUGUCAGGCACUCCCUUGGCCACCCCUUUAGGAACAGAGUUCUUUGCUUGUUUUACAGGGGCCCAGAUUGUUGGCAUUAACUGUCACUUUGACCCGGAGACCUGCGUGAAGACUGUGAAGCUGAUGAAGGAGGGAGUGGAGAAGGCCGGUCUGAAGGCCCACUACAUGUCCCAGCCGCUGGGCUUCCACACCCCCGACUGCAACCGGCAGGGAUUCAUCGAUCUUCCCGAGUUCCCGUUCGCUCUGGAGCCCAGGAUCCUGACCAGGUGGGACAUGCAGAAAUAUGCCCGGGAAGCAUACAACGCCGGCAUUCGCUUCAUCGGCGGCUGCUGCGGAUUCGAGCCUUACCACGUCCGUGCUCUGGCUGAGGAGCUGUCGCCUGAGCGGGGUUUCCUGCCCGCUGGCUCCGAGAAGCACGACAGCUGGGGGAACGGCUUGACGCUGCACACGAAGCCCUGGGUCAGAGCUAGGGCCCGUCGGGACUUCUGGGAGACACUAAAGCCCGCCUCCGGGCGUCCAUUCUGUCCAUCCAUGUCCAAGCCCGAUGAAUGGGGCAUUACCAAAGGACACGCUGACCUGAUGCAACAAAAAGAGCCCACCAGCAAGGAGCAGCUCAACGCUCUUUUUGAGAAGGCCACCCACAAUGCCUGAUCCAACCCCUCCCACAGACGCCCUGCUACCCGAAAGAGAAGGCCUCUGAUUAACAGCAGAAGAACAUUCCCACCAAGUUUAUAAACCCUAGAAGAUUAGACCGUGCCUUUUUAGGACUAUUCUCAGUUUGUGUGAGAAAAUAAAAGAUAAAAAUAAAUGACUACCGUUUCACAAUAUCUCGUAGGACUGCUGUAGAUGUUUGAGUCAGAUCACAAACCAUGUCAGAUUACUGUACCGCGAGCAUCAAGCUACUGCCAUAACACUCCAAAUGUACCUGAUGUUGUGUGAAACUAGAAAUAAAUGAAUAAAAGCUACCAAAGAACCAAA